GCCCACACAACUGCCCGCCACGGCGCCUGCGCACAGAGGGCCUUUUACGGCGUCGUAAAGCAGCUCGGUCGAGCCGACGGCUGCAGUUCCCGGGCGGCGGCGGCGGCAUGGAGGCGCGCUUCACGCGCGGGAAGUCGGCGCUGCUGGAGCGCGCGCUGACGCGGCCACGCACCGAGGUGAGCCUGAGCGCCUUCGCGCUGCUCUUCUCAGAGCUGGUGCAGCAUUGCCAGAGCCGCGUCUUCUCCGUGGCCGAGCUGCAGGCGCGCCUGGCGGCGCUGGGUCGCCAGGUAGGCGCUCGCGUUCUGGAUGCGCUGGUGGCUCGAGAAAAGGGUGCCCGGCGGGAGACCAAGGUGCUGGGCGCCCUGCUGUUUGUCAAGGGCGCCGUGUGGAAAGCGCUGUUCGGCAAGGAGGCUGACAAGCUGGAGCAGGCCAACGACGACGCACGCACCUUCUACAUCAUCGAGCGGGAACCGCUCAUCAACACCUACAUCUCGGUGCCCAAGGAAAAUAGCACACUGAACUGUGCCAGCUUCACGGCAGGCAUCGUGGAGGCAGUGCUCACGCACAGUGGCUUCCCCGCCAAGGUCACAGCGCACUGGCACAAGGGCACCACACUAAUGAUCAAGUUUGAGGAGGCUGUCAUCGCCCGAGACCGAGCCCUGGAGGGCCGUUGACCUCGCCCCUGAAGAUAAAGGAUGAGAGAGCCCUUUUCCCAA